AUGCAGGACAGAGGGACGCCGUGGAGAUGGAAGAACAAGAAGCGAACCUCUAGUCGUGCGGGGGGUGAGGGGCAAAUCGCGACGGAGCGCGGUGCGCGGCUUUGUGUAGCUAGCGGUGAGGCGGGCGGAGUUUUCGAUUCUUUUGCCUUUCUCCCUCUCGCGCACGACCCGUUUUUCCGCCUCUUUUUACCUCUGCUGGAUUUGUCUUCUCCUUCUUCUCAUCGUCCUUCGGUGCAGUGCUUCCUCUCUCCCUUCUCGCAAAAAAGCGAGCCGCCCGUCGACACUGCCUCGAGCUCCCCCGCCCUCCAGGCCUCUGCGCUCCUUCCGGCGCUCUCCAAACUCCUCGCAUGCAUCUUCCCUCAGCCUGCCUUGUCUCUUCGCCGGUCUCCUUCUGGCUUCUUCUCUGUGUCGGAUCUCUUCCGCACCCCGCCCGCAAACGUAGCCGGCGUGGUUGUCGCAGCCUCGUGUCUGCUCGCGCAGGGACUUGUGUGCGCACCAGAGGCAGCUAAGCCCGGCGGAGGCUCGCACAUGGCGCCUGACGACAACACACACGCAGAAGAAGAGACGCAGAGGCUCGCUGGCAGGCUGUGCUCGCUCGCGAGAGUCGAGAGAGGGACAAACGGCCGCGUACCGCCUCGCACGUUAUCUGCUGCCUCUCCCAGGCCCUGCUCCAACGCACCGGACAGCUUCACAGAUCCCUCCAAGUCCUCGCUCGUGGCGGCCCUCCGCGUCUCGCCGGCUCUGCCGUGCUCGUUGUCGCCCAUUUCUCUGCCUUUUUCCUCGUGUUUGUCGGCGGCCGUGGUUCGCUCUUUCCGCCUCUCCUUGCUCGCCUGCGUCUCCGCUGCCGCAGGGCGCGAAGACGGAGGUCGCUCGGCUCUACUGAGCGGCGCGCAAGAGCCCAGAAACAGAGGGAGGCUCGCUCAAAGCACCGAGCCCGAGAAGCGAGGAGCCAAGUCGAAGAAAGGCGGAAGACGCGAACGUCCACGCGGGCAGGACCAGCAGACAGGCCAGCAGGAGACGCCUGUCUCCGGCCGUGGCUCGCCUGCCUCGCGGCUUGCUGCGGUCGCUCUGUUUUUGCCUCUCGCGUCGCACAGCUACCGUGACAAAGACGCGGAAGCGAGCCCGGAAAGGCCACACGCGCAGACGCCGACGGCCCCGGAAGGCCUGCUGCGCGACCGUGGAGCUGGCAGAAGAGAGCGGGAGCCGAGGAGAUUCACCGCGACGCUUCCGCCCGCGCCGGCGAUUCACAGCCCCAGAGAGUCCUCGCUGCAGAAUCACGCCAGCGCACAGCGAGAAGGACCGACACCCAACGCGCCACACGGGCGGACGGCAGGGCGGGCUCAGACAGACCCAGACCGCAGAGGCUCGGAAGGCUGCAGGGAGGAUGUGCGGCGAGAGGGGCGUACGGCAUCGGAGCGGGAAGGGCGACGCGAAGCCCUAGUCCCGAGUCUGAAGCGCGGAGACGGACUGGGGGAAAAUUCCGGAAGCGCGACAAACGUCUGCAGCGGAGAGACCUGCGCGGCGGUGUGCUCGCGCCUGCGGAGAGACUCCGAUGCGAGUCGCGCCGACUCGCCCUCCGCCCUCGCGUCUCCUGUCCGCAGAGUGGGGCCCGCGUCGCGCGGCUCUCCGUCUGGUGGAUGCUCGUCUCCUCGUUGCUCGGCUUGCGCGCGGCCUCUCGCGUUUUCUUCCCGCGCUCUCUCGGCGCCUCAUCGGCCGGCGGUGGCUGCCUGCCAGGGCUUCGCGGCGCCCGCGGAAACGCGCUUCCUGGACUCGACAGAGGAGCGAGAUUGGCGGCAGCGCGCCGAGAGAGGCGCGGAGGAACGCUGGCCGAAGAGCGCGUGGCCCUGUGGCCUCGACCGCAUACCGGCUGAAGAGCUCGCUGCACUUAGCGCCGAAGCUGAAGAUGGAGAAGAAACAGAAGACCGGGAGCAAAAGCUGGCGUUCCUUUUGGAGUCUGGGGGCGAGCACUUACCUGCAGACGAACUGCAGCUGAAGGCGAGCUUGGGCGACGAGCAGGCCCGCGGCACGUCUGCGCGCGAAGGAGCGCCGCGCGAGUGCGCGCUGGAUCGCCUGUGGUGGAAGGCGCUGCUGUCGUGGAAGCUGCUGCAGCUGCUCUGCAUCGCCCUCCCUCUCGCAGCCUGCGCCGGCGCCACGAUGCUCGCGCUCGCUGUGUUGCCGCUCGUGUGGUGCGGCGUGGAGACGCUCGCAGGCCCGUUGGGCGCGUGGGUCCCCACAGAGGAGACAGUUCAGGCGAGCCUGGAGCAUGCCCUCCUGCAGGCGAUCGGCGCAGCCGCCAACGCAGCCGGUCCAGCGUACGUGAAGUGCCUGCAGUGGGCGGGCACCCGCCGCGACCUCUUCCCGUUGAAGCUCUGCGACUUCUGCGCCACCUUCCAGCGACAGCCGACCGACGCCUCGUUCAUGUAUCCCUACAUAGCGCUAUUGAUGCAGAGGCGAUUCGGCGACAACUGGAGAGACGAGCUCGUCCUGGAUCCGCGACCGGUUGGCAGCGGCUGCAUCGCAGUCGUGUUCCGGGGCCUCCUACGCCUCCACGUUCGCGACGAAGAGACGCUCUGGAUGUGUGUAGCUGUGAAGGCGGUUAAGCCUUUCACAAGGGAGUCCAUGCAGGCAGACCUCAUGCUCAUACAGGGGCUCGCCAAAUUCAUUGAAAGCAUCCCAUUCCUGGACUGGCUCAGUCUCUCUCCCGGGGUGAAGCAGUUCUCGGAGAGUAUGGAAGCGCAGCUGAACCUGGAGACCGAAGCUCGGAACUUGCUGCGUUUCCGCCGCGACUUCGAUCUCCCAUCUCCCGUCUUCCCCGCGUCUCUGUCCUCCCUGACAUCUGCGUGUAGACCGCUGCCCAAACACGGCGCCGGUGACUCUGCGUCUUCGUCUCCGCCGUCGCAUACUUCCCGCUCGUUUAUCUCGUGUUCGUCUUCUCUCGCCUCGUCCUCUGUUUCGAAGUCAUCUUCUGCGUCCUCAGCCUCGUCUUCCUUCCUGCCCCCAUUUUUCCUCUGGCUUGCGUCUCUGCUGCCGGCGUUUUCGCUGCCGAGUCAGACAGUCUCCGCGUCGCUGCCUCCUGCAGUCUCCUUCCCGCUGCCGCUGCUGCCGCUCUCAGACGGAGACGUUCUCUUCAUGACCCUCGAGGAAGGCCUUCCUCUGGAUCUGCUCCUGCGCUCAGCGGCCGCGUCGCGAGAGGCUGCGCCGGGUGCGAGUGGAGACUCGCCAGCAGACACCCGCCGCAAACGCGAGCGGCGUCGCGCGUGGUCUUCGUGGGUGUCGUGGCGGCGCAGGCGAGAGGCGCCGCAGGUAUCGGGCUCAGACGCGGAGGAGGCAACGGGCCUUCCAGCGUCUAGCCAAGUGCGCGAGCUGACUGCGGCUGCGGCGGGGGAGAGCGAGGGCGCCGACGAGCCGAAAGCCGCGACGGCAGGCGAAAAGAGGCGCAAGCGCCGCGCAGGUGGAAGUUGCGUAGGAGGCAGCGCUCGACUGGAAGAAGGAGGAGCGGACGCGGAGAGGCUGCUGGAGCGUCCAGCACAACGGCGAAUAGACCCAAGUGCGAAGGGUCGUGUGGAAGCAAAAACGCUGGCGAAGCAAAACGCCGGUCGCCCGGAAGCCCCUGAAACCCCCGCGAUGAGGUGCAGAGACGACGAAGAAGAACGUGGGGAUGACAGCACCGCGGGGAAUGGGGCGAGCGGCGGCUACUACCGACGGAGCCUAGAGGAAGAGCUAAUUGAAGCCGCCAGGAUUGCAGCUCCUCAAGUUGAUAAAGAGCGCGAGCGCAUCGGGCUCGCGGCGCUACACGCCUUCCUGCAGAUGCUUUUCCUCGACAACUUCCUGCACGCCGACCUCCACCCCGGCAACGUCAUGCUUCGCCGCGGGCGCUGUCUCGUCCCUGCGGCCGAGGACGCAGCCCUGCGCGCGGGCGCCUCUGGUGCCGCUGCAGAGGCCUCCAGCGAGCAGAGAGAACAGCUGCCUUCAGCUGCGCCGUUUCCGUCGGGCGGCAGCUCGGUUCCCAUUAUUCCUCUAGCCCGCUUCGUCACAUGCAGCGAGGAGGACUGGCACCACCGAGCCUCUUCUCCGUCUCUCUCCUCGCCUUUGCGCGGGGAAUCCGAGAGCCCGCGCGCCUCUUGGCCUGCCUGCGAGCCGGGAGAAAGGGAGCGGCACGCGCGCCUGCCGAUAAGCGCCGCCCGCUAUGCGCCGCAGCUGCAGCUCGUCUUUCUAGACUCAGGCUUGGCGGCCUCGCUCAGCGUCCAGGAUCGAGAGAAUUUCUUGCUGCUUCUCAAAGCCAUUGCCCUCGCCAGAGGCGAAGCUGCGGGUUCGUCUCCGAGCAGUCCACCAGCAAAACUGCGAGCUAGUUGCGAGUCAAUUCUGCUUCCUGCUCGGAUCAUGCGGCGCCUGCUCGUUGAGCGCGCGAAGCGGCGCUUGGCUGACGCAGACGUGGAGCCUUUCAUCCGAGGCGUCGCAGAUAUGGUAAAGAAGUAUCAUUUCCAGGAAGGCGACGGCGUCCGCUUGGGGGCUGUUCAGCUUGGAGAAAUUUUUUCCAAGAUGCUCGACCUCAGUCGCCGACACAGAGUCGUCCUCGACAGUCAAUUCGCAAACGUGUUUCUAGCCAUCAGCAUUCUGGAAGGCGUAGGCAAGCAGCUCGACCCCCACGUGGACAUUCUCAAGACGGCGCUGCCGUACACAGUCCGCGCUGCCAGAAACCUUUACUUGUCAAAAACACGCCGACGACAGGUGCCUAUGGAAAGCGAAGAAGACUCCAGAAGGGAAGAAAGUCGUGACACGUUGUAA